AUGGACAAGUUCCUCCUGCUGCGACACUUCACCUUUCUCUGCUGCUUGCCAUCCAAAUUUCAGGAGACUGUUCAGUGUAGGAUGUGUCACCUCCAGUUUCCAGAAGAGAAGUGUUCCAGAGGAAGAGGAAUAUGUAAUGCAGAUAUAAAUGAGGCCUGUGUGCUAGUGAAUAUUUCCAGACGUGCUUAUCUCCUCGAUACCUGGUUAGCCAUCAUGGGCUGCCAAAAGAACUGUGCUGAUGUUCAAAUGAUGCAUUGGGGUAUCUAUACUGUGAAAUUCCGCUGCUGCAGAGACUCUAACCUGUGCAAUGAGAAGCUCUAG